CGGAACGCACGCGAUUUUUGCGGAUCAUGUGCGUUGUUUGUUUAUUGUGCUACGCAUUCACGCACUGUGCAGCUCGGUGUUGUCGGCCGAUGUGGGAGUGCCGCGAUACGGUGGCCGCUUUCUAAUUCUCAUCGUGGGAGCGUUUCACCUCGCUUGGUGUUCGUUGUAAAUCUGUGUGCACAACGGUGACCGACAUUCGAGCACGCACCACGUAAAACAGCCGCUGAGAGACAAUACUCCUUGGGAGGGAAAAAAAAAAAUGUCGGGCACCGAUUCUGGAAUUGAGACUGGAAGCGAAAGCAACGGUAGCACCUCCAUGUCCGUGGAAUCUCCGCCCAGGCCCAAUGCCGACAACGAUCACGCCGAGCCCCAGGACGAGGAAGUGGGUGAUGCGGGGGCGCCUUUCUUCCGCAGUGUCCAGCCCUUGGCCGUGCAGUGUCUCGGCGCCAUGGCGGCGGAGUCUUCGGUCGCGCUGCUCGGCCACGGCGGAGCCAUGGCAGACGGCGACCUGUCAUCAUUGCAUGCCUGGCACGGCAAGAUGCGCAUGCUGCAAAGACGUGCCCGCAGGUGGCGAUUCCUGUCGGGCAACUGUGCUGCAUUCCGAAACAUCAUCGGUGAACGCAAAUUACGGAUAGCAGCUAUUACAAACCAGAUUCCGCUGGUGCGCCGGCUUCUGGAGACUGGCGUGAAUCCAUGCGCAGCUGACGAGCGUUCCCGCACUGCCCUACACUUCGCAGCUUGCAAGGGUCACCUGGAUAUCAUCAAAAUGCUGCUCGAACACGGCGCCAACCCGAACCAGAGGGACAUUGUUGGCAACACUCCGCUGCAUCUAGCCGUUUGCACAAGUCAUACAGAGGUCAUCACGCAUCUGCUGAAAGCCGGAACCGACGUGAACUCGCUAGACAACUCCGGCCGCACUCCUUUGCACCUAGCCCAGUCCAAGUUGCGCGUCUUGAAGGUGGACGUCGCAAAGUCUUCGGAGAACGUCAAACAGGAAGUCAUGAAUGUGAUUGAGAUGCUGCAAGUGUACCUUCAGCGCAGUGGCAAGCCAGCGGAGAGCGACCUGCUUGGUGCUUUCUCCACGAGGCUGCGCCUGCACCAGACACGGCAAGAGGUCGACAACGAUGUGCAGGACCUUCUAUCCAGCCUGGCUCAUUUGAGCCUGCACAAAACCUGAGCGACGAGAUAUCUCUGGUUUCUCUGCAAGAUGGAUGCCAAGAGACAAGCCAUAGGGAAAAAAGAAACAAUAUACAUAGACGUAUAUACAUGUGAGAAACAUGAACACUGCAUCAUGUACUGCUUCAUCAGUGUCUCAGGAAGUCAAUUUCUUUGUUGGCAUAUUACGCAAGCGACGAAUGUAGUGCGGAGGCCGACAAGAAAGAGCAAGCAGCUUUUUUUUUUCAUUUUUUUCUCUUUACGUGGCUUUUACAAGGACAGUUUCAAAGGGCUGAAAGAGAACAUCUACCAGAACUGCCUCCCAGGUGUGGUGUGCGAGUGUUGUGCAAUGUGUUCACAUCAUUUUGUUAUUGACUCAUUUUGCGCAUUAAAAUAUGUGUUUGAAAAUACGUU